AUGCACGUACUUUCUUGGCUCACUGACUUGAAUUUCAAGUCCGUACAAGCUGAGAAGCUGAGCCAGCGGGUGGGGAAUACUGGGAGCUGGUUCCUUAAGUCUGAACAGUUCCAAAGGUGGGUAGAAGGUUCAGCGGCAUCGUCAUGCCUGUGGUGUCCUGGAAACCCGGGUGUCGGAAAGACCAUCCUGGCUGCUAUCAUCAUCGAUUAUUUGCAGUCGCUGAACCACAAGAAAAACACAGUUGUCCGGGCUGUCCUCAGUAUCUUCUGUGAUUAUCGAUCUGCAGCCGCACAAACUGUAGCCAGCCUUCUUUAUGGCCUAUUGAAACAGCUGGGUCAAGGCCAUGGCUUCUCUUCCGCAACCCUAUCAUUCUUCCACGAGUGCCUUUUUGAUGAAACACGACCUUCCCUUGACCUUCUUAUCGAAAUCCUUUCAGAAGAGCUGAGAUUAUUCCACCGUGUCUACAUUGUUCUUGAUGCACUGGACGAGUUCAGUGGGGAUAAUCGGGAAGUGCUCAUCAACACGAUAAAGUCAUUAGGAGCCCAUGUCUAUCUCCUUGUGACGUCGAGAGACAUUGUCAUGAUAGGAUCACUCUUUAAGAAAGAUGCCAGGUUGCAUAUCCGAGCCGUUGACGAUGAUAUAAACUUGUAUAUUGAGAGCAGGCUCUCUUGUGACCGUCUUUCCCGCCACAUCAAGGGGCGAGGCGAUCUGCGUGAGGCGAUACUUACUGGAGUAGCGAAGAAGGCUAGGGGCAUGUUUCUUCUGGCAGGCCUGCACAUGGACUCACUGGCUCAGACAACAAACCGAAAGAUGCUUCGAGAUGCAAUCAAUAAAUUGCCGGACAAUAUGGCAGAUGCCUACGACCAGACACUGGAGAGGGUCGAUAGUCAAGGCAUACAUGAUAAAGCCCUUGCAUAUCGCAUAUUUGGCUGGAUAGCGUUUGCUAAGCGCCCUUUGACCGUGUUGGAAAUGCGAUAUGCAUUGGCUGUGGAAAAGGAUACAGCGGCCCUAGACCCUGACAAUCUCCAUGACGAUGACCUUUUGGGCAAUGUCUGUGCUGGACUUGUUACGAAAAUUCCAGAUUAUACAGCACAGGAGUAUUUUGUCUCCCGAAAAGAUGUUCUGUUUCCUGAUAAUAUCCAUGACACUAUCACACGCACCUGCCUGACAUAUAUGUCGUUCGACAACUUAGUAUUUUCUUCUGGUCGCAGCGCUUGUCCCCAACAACUAGCUGAAAUGAACCCGCUCCUUCACUACUCAUCCAGCUGCUGGGCAUACCAUGCCAAGAAGGUGGAACUUUUAAUGAAAACUGAAAUCAUCGCAUUCCUCUGUAUAAAGCGUAACAGAGUAGCUGCAGACACGUUCAGAGCGACAUUCUGCGGCACAGACAGCACAACACCCCUUCCACUUCAAUUUGCUGCUUAUCACGGCUUGGUGCACAUUGUGGAAGCUCUUCUUAUCCAAGGGGCCGAUCCACAAAAAGAACCACCAUUGAUGGCAGCCGUACAAGGAGGGCAUCUUGAGAUGGUGAAGCUGCUCCUAUCACAAACUGAUGUUGACAUCAAUCGGGCAGAUUCAGUGACGAGACGUACACCUCUCAUGGAAGCAGCAUCUCAUGCCCAUGAAGAGGUGGUCAAGGUGAUCUUGGAGUCAAAGCACUUGAACUCAUUGAAUGCAGUGGACCAAUUUGGGGAUUCAGCGCUAUUCUGGGCAAUUUCUCGUAGUUGUCCAGGGGUGGUCAGGAUCUUACUUGCGACACCAGGUAUCAAUGUUACUUUACACAAUAACAGCGGGCGUUCUCUACUUGCUCAUGCUGCGUCUCUUGGCCAGAAUGACAUAGUGGAGAUGCUUUUGGACCAAGAAGAUAUUGCCUGGUCACCUGAGACACAACAGGUACUCGAAUUCUAUGCUGAGAAACUCAGGUUGGAGAGAUAUCGGAUAACCGUAUAG